ACCACCACGACGUCUCUGCCUCCAUCUCAGCUUCCCCUUGCGCGACUCGGUGCAGCGCUUCCUUCUCGCCUCCAUCGCACACGAAGGCCUCGUCGUACCCGAGACCGGACGCCAUUGCCCACCGCGCUGCACCGCCGCGUGCGCGCCCUUCGCAUCGGCCUCGCGCCUGGCCAUGAGCACGGCAGUCGCCUCGCUGCCCUCCCCGCUGCCUGUCCACGCGCCGCACUUUGCCAUGCUCGAGCGCGACACCAACCUGCAGGCAGCGCCUGAGGCCGACGCUGCUCGCAGCGACGAGCAGGCGCCUGAUGCCGCGGCCCUGAAGGGCAAGCGCAAGGCUGUGGUGGGCGCGCCGCGCGGCGCCGCCGAGGCAGAGGGCCCAGCGUCUGCCACGCCGGCCAAGAAGGCCAAGCUGGCGGCCGGGUCGAGUCCGAGCACGCCAGCGCCCAAGACUAAGAGCCUCGUGACGCUCAAGGGCACCAAGCUCACGCUCAAGCAGAAGGCGCUCGGCCCCUCGAAGCCCAUGUCCACGCUGAUGGCUAUCGUGCAGCUCAACAGCCAUCUCAAGGGCUGUACCGCGCCGCUCGAGAGCGUGCCGUCCGAGCACCUACCGCUCAUCGCGCAGCUGACGCAGGAGUCCGACAAGACCCUGGCUGAGCUUGCCAAGGCGAUCAAGAAUGACGUCGUGCCGCCGACCGACGAAGACUCGCAGUCGCAGGAGGCCGGCGAGGAGGCCGCCCCGUCCGCCUCCGACAUGCUGCCCAUCUCCGUGCUGCAAGCCGCAGUCGAGGCUGUGGCCGAGCGCGUCAACUACGGCGUCGACGCGAGUCUGUCCGACGAGGCACUGCCGGCUGGCCUGCAGCUGUGGCGCUGGGAGGUGCAGGACGCAAGUCUGCUGGCAGGCGAAGUGAGCGAGAAGCUGCUGGCGCGCCGCGCCGAGCGCGAGGCUGCGCGCCUGGAGGUGCAGACGCUGCUCGACGCGCUGAGCGAGAGCGAGCGCAGCACGCUGCUGGCCUCGAAGAAGCGUGGACGCGCAGCUCCGCCCGGCGAGACCGCCAAUGCCGUCGCCUCGAGCUCGUCUGGCCCGAUGGAGGUCGACGAGAAGCCGGCGGCGACUGCUUCCGCAUCUCUCGGUGAUGACGCCGCCUCGAGCAGCAUGGCUGAGGCCUCAAGCAGUGGUACUGCAGCUCCUGCCGCCAAGCGCAAGAUCGCGAUUGACCUCACUGCUGAGCCGUCGAGCUCUCGCGGCCGCUCGCCGACGCGCAAGAGUCCCGAGCCGGAGGAGGACGUGGUCAAGGAGAAGAAGCCGCGCAAGGCAAAGAAGAUGAGCGCAGAAGAGAUGGAGAAGAAGCUCGAGCGCGAAGAGAAGAAGCGCGAGGCGGAGCGCAAGAAGGCCGAACGGGCAGAGCGCGUGGCCGAGAAGGCGGCCAAGCUGCAGAAGGAGGAGUCUAGCAAGCAAAAGGCUGCCUCGUUCAUGCAGUCCUUUGUCAAACGCGAGCGCUCGACGUCGCCAAGCAAAGGAGAAAGAGACUCGCUGCUCAAAGGGCAGUCUGACUUCAAUCGCGUCUUCCUGCCGUGCGAGUUCAAGGACGUCGCGCCGAUCAAUCGCUUCGCGCGGCGCGCUCCUAGCGACUUGAUGCGUGCCAUCGGCUGCGGCGAGCCGUCGCACUCAGAGAUCCUCGCUUCGCUGGCGCCAGGCUCCAGCCGCGGCGAGAGCUCGAGCGCGCCAUCUUCAUCGCGCCACGUGCGCCGCGGCACGCGCAAGGGCAUCCACCCGCCGGUCAGCGUGCGCGAGUCGGUGCGCAUCAUCAACGAGGCAGGCCUCUUCGGCGGCACUGCGGAGGAGGAGGCGUACAAGGCCUCGAAGGACCUUGCGGAUCCGAAGAAGGUGCAGGUCAAGCUGCUGCAGUUUGAGAGCGAUCGGCGGCCCGCCUGGUUUGGCACGUGGACGCGCACCUCGAAUCUCGUCGGCCCGCGCAACCCCUUCGGCCAGGACUCGGUGGCGCUGGACUACAGCUACGACUCGGACAACGAGUGGGAGGAGCCGGGCGAGGGCGAGGACUGCCAGGACGUCGAUGAGCGCGAGGAGGAGCUUUACAGCGCUUCGGAGCAGGACUCCGAUCUCGACGACUUCCUCGAGAACGACCUGGAGGAGAUCGACGCCGACGACGCUGGCUCAGACAUCGUCGAGACGGAUGCGACCGGCGUGCCCGUCAAGCGCCGCUCCGUGUCGCCCUUCAAGCAGCUCAGCGGCCUCGGCACGGCUGCCGGCUCGGCGCUGGCGUCGCCCUUCGGCAAGGGCCCCAACGUGCUCACGGUGAAGAAGAAGAAGAAGAUCAAGCCGCUCGGCCGCCGCUUCGAUGCCAAGCUGGUGCCCUUCUCGACGGGCCCGCACUGGGAGACGAGCCUCGGCGUGCCGGCGUAUGACAACUUCAAGCCGUAUCAGAUCGAGUUCUUGAACGGCGCAUGUGCCGGCCUCGACCCCUUCACGUACGUCUCGCCGACGAUCAAGGCAGCGCCGGCGGACGGCGAGACCGGCGACGCCAAGGCCGGCUCGUCGUCGGCGUCAGCGCCAGUCGCCAAGACGCCGGCAAGCAUGAAGCACCAGCCGAGCAUCAAGACGCUCCUCGAGAGCGGAUCGCCAUCCAAGCGCUCUGCCGCGGCUGCCGAGUCAGCUGGUGCAUCGGGCAGCACCUUUGCUAGCCCUGCGUCCACCAGCGCCGCCACGCCGGCGAAGCGAGAUGGGCCCAAGGCCGUCUUCCCGGAGACGCGGCUGCGUGAGCUGCUCCAGGCCAUCGAGGGCCGUGCACACAGCAAGCCGUUCCUGCUGGAGCACCUCAAGGGCAGCUUCGACGGGCCCGGCAUCACCAAGGGCUCGAUCGAGGUCGUGCUCAAUCAGUACGCGCACCGCGAGGGCAAGAAGGCAACGUCCAAGUGGCUCAUCAACGACGAGUACCGCCACCUGCUCCGCUGAGUCGCGCGGCUGCUCGAUAGACCCUCUGCACACGAGCCUGGCGCGGUUCUCCGGCUGCCCUGUAUACCACCCAUCAGACCCUGUUCUCGCCCAAGCCGGGGCCACACUCAGCCGCUCCGUCAUCGCCUCGCACACACAUGUCCCGCUCGAUCUUCUCGUCCAUGACCCCUCGCUUCGGCAGCUGCGCCGAGAGCCCACUCCGCGCCGCUCUCCCGCAUCUGCACCGCGAUCAAUGACUGCUGCAUGCAUUUGAGUCUGAUGGUGUUCCGGUGACUGAGAGCGAUCUAUGUAGAGG